CCCCUUUUAAAGCGGACAACCGGAAGUCGUAUCUUUAAAGAAAACAAGGAAGAUGACGGCUUGUUGACAUGUGUGACUUGUUGAGAAGAAAAGAUGGACAAAGAAAAUCUUACUUUGCGAACUGGUUUUGUUCUAUCGCAGAAUCCCAGUAAAAGAUGGAAAGUACGAUGGUUUACAUUAGAAGAGGAAAUAUUAUCAUGUUAUCAUAAAUCCAAGAAGAAUGUAAUGAUAGAAACAUUUCCUUUAAAAGGUUGUGCUAUUGUUUGUCCAUGUUUAGAUGAACCAGGGUUAAAUCCUCAGUGUCUAGUGAAAAUAUGUAUGCCUACAGGAGAGGAGUUAUUACUACUGGCUGCUGGACAAGAAGAUAGAGAUGGUUGGGCUCAUGCUAUAAGUGCUGUUAUACGCUCAUUAACUUCAUCAGAAGAGAAAUCUCCUCAUAAGAUGCCUUUUAAAGAUUUUAGAGCCUAUGCAAAUGUGAGUGAAAUUAUUGGAGCAAUUCAAGAACCAGGAGCUGGUAUUGAAACAUCUUCACAUGUUAGAGGCAGCAAUGUUUAUAAAAACUGUUUUAAAGGUAGUGAUGUAGUUGAUUGGUUAAUGAGAUGGUCAAUUGUUCGUAAUCGAGGUAAUGGUGCUGCCAUGGCACAAACUCUACUAAAAUUAGGACAUUUUCAGGAAGUAGAUAUGAAAGAUGGUAGUGAUGGUGUUAGUCAGAAGUUUAAUGAUAAUGAUAAACUCUACAGAUUUACAUCUAUUAAUCUGGGAGCUAAGAGAAAUAGUUACUAUGAUAGUACAGACAGUGAAUCAAGUUCUUCUGAGGAAGAAGAGGAAACAGACAAAGAUGAACAAAAAACAGAAAGAUUAAGGAAAGGAAAAAUUUUAAAGGAGUCUUUUCUUUUGAAAAAGAGAAAUUUAAGAAAAGGUUGGAGAGUAAUUAAAGCUACAUUAAAAGAUAGCCCUUUACAUAUACAAUACCAAAAGGCAGCUGAUUCUGUGUUGAUGAGUCCAGUUAAAUCAAGUAAAGUAUUUUAUCUAGAUGAUAGUACCAUAACAGAAACAGUCAAACCUGCUACAGAAAAAGCAGGUGGUUCAAAGUAUAAAAGUGCCCGAUAUAGAGUUAGUAUCCGUAAUAGUAAAGGUAAAUGUAUAACACUACAGUAUAAAGAUGAACAAGAGAAAUAUGAAUGGUUGCCUUUCCUACAGACAAGCUCCAAAACUCCAUAAUUUCUACUGAAUUUAAUAUUAAACAACCUGCCAUUAGUUUUUAGGUUGUAACCAUGGUUUGUUAACUUGUUUUUAUAUGGUAUAUUGGUAAAUGUAUUUUACACUUCAUUAUUACGUUAUACAUGUAGAAUGAACAAAUUGUUUAAAUUUUGCAUUUUACAAUUAUGUAUUUUGAAAAUUGAGAUUUAUAUCAUUUUUGAAUCCUGCAUUAUGGGAUGUUUAAUUAUCCUCGGUAUUCCCAUGGGGGAAACACAUAGUCAAAUUAUCCACCCUUGAUAUUUGUGCUAUUUUUAUUGACCAAUCAAAAAAUUCCAUAAAGAUAAAGAGAGUGGGCAAAGAGAGGUAACUCACAUUUUGUUGAAACUAAGAUCGCGGAAUCAUUGUAAACUUUGUCAAAAUACUUUAAGACAUCUUUUUGUGUGCAUGUCAAUUCUUUAACAUUAAAUUUCUUUCAAAGUUUCUUAUAAUCAAAUUUACAAACUGCUGUAUUGAGGUGAACAUAAACAGUGAUGCUAAGACUGGUAUUGUAAUCUGUUUUUUGAUUGGUUCGUAGACACAACCUAUGUGGCCAAUGAAAUCAUCAAGGGCAGAUAAUUUGAAUACCCCGUAAAUGGACCCAGGGAUCAAUGGAGUAGAUCAGAAUGAUACCACUGGAGAUACCGAGGAUGAUGUUAAAUUGAAAGACUACAUUUAUUUUUGGUCUUUUUCUACAAACUAGUCAGUUUUACUAUUUUCUAUGCAAACCUAAUCUAUAUAAAACUGUAAACAAGGUUGUGUAUAUAGAUAUGAAAUUUGCCAGUUUAGUUAUAAGACUCAUGUUUUAAGAACAGUAUUUACUUUAGAUUGUUUUUUAACAUAGUUUUAUAUGUUAUUAUUUUAUGACAGGAUAUAUUCAACUGAAUGAAUACUUCAACAGAUUAUUUGUCAGGAAUGAUAACUUGUAAAAUUGAUCAGAAUAUCUACAAUUUAUAUGCCUUGCAUCUAUGCAUGAUCAGCUAACAGGUAGCGAAACAACUGCUGAUUUUUCCACAUACAGAUCAAGUUAAAAUAUUUUCAAAAUGGAAACGUAACUGACAUAAAGAAAAAUGUUGCUUUGUUUUUUGGGCCAAUGUUCCCUAGAUGUUGGUAAUAAAACUGCUGAUCUGUUGCCACUAUUAUUGUUUUCUUAUUUUUUUUAUGUCAGUUUUCUCUGUUUAUAAGUUGUUGUUUUUUUUUUUGUUAAGAGUUUACCUUUUGUUAUUUUUUUUUUCUUUUAUUAACAAACCACCAAAUAGAGAGAGAGAUUUUGAUCGAGAUUCAAAAUUUUUAUGUGAUUUCAAAGAUAUUUGAAUCAUUUCAUUGUUUAAUUAAAAGAAAUAUGAUUUCUUGUCAUGUGGAAUAUUUUAUAUAUACUUUUUAAUAUGCAUGUUUUUAUUUAGGUUGAUUAGAGAAAUUUCAGUGAUAAACUCUACACUGAUCAUUAAUUAUGUCAACUGGAUAUUUUCAAUGGUAGUACUUUAAUUAGUAUUACCCUGUUAAACAUGGUUUAUAUAGGGAAAGAUCUGGCUCAAACUUACACCACAGUGGUGUAGCUGAAAGAUGCCCUCACCCUAUUGCAGAACUCACUUGUACCAAAGAAUAUCUGUCCAAUUAUGGACAGACUUGUUCGAUCCCUGCAUUGGACGAGAAAGUCCAUCGUGAAUUUCUGGUGUGGUUGAAUCCGGACUUACCACUGUUAUACUAGAAUUACCUGUAUUCAUCAUGCUAUAAAGAUAAAAUUGAACAUGCUAAGAUGUGGAAAACAUUCAUCCUCUCUUGGGAUAAUGAUAGAUUCUUUUAAUAGUCAUUUUGUUUUGAAACUAUAUCAGAGGCACAGGAGCUAUUUAUAUUUAAAAUGGGAAUCAUUUUAACCAAAAAUAAACAACUUAAAGUCUUCCGAUGUUUUUAAAUGAAUAUAAUGUAAAUUAUCAUAAAUUAUGUCAUAUUCUAAUAUUAAAUGUUCAUUCAUUAGUCAUGUAUGUAUAUACUCUCUUAUCUAGUUAUUCUGUUAGACAUAAAACUUGUUUUUUUAAAAUUUA